UACAUACACACUCCAUUAACCAAUCACCAACCUCUUAUUUUAUUUGAAAAUUCAUACCUCUUUUGACUCUGUCAUACUUUCACAUAAACCAAAUAUUCAAAUAGAUAAUAUAAUUUGUUCACUAUAAUAAUCAAAAUUCUUCGAUUAAAUUUGUCAAUUAACAUUAUCUACUACACUUCUUAAUGAUUGAGAAGAAAUAUCAACAUUAUUAAUCGGAAUUGUUUUUUAGUUUUUUUUUUCUAAGUUAGUUGAAAAAUUAGGGUUCAUCAGAAUCAGUUUCAAUUAAUAGUGUAGCAAUUGUCGUUGACUUACCACCGAAUUGCAUUCAAUUCCAAUUUUUGAUUUCUGAAAAACAUCCGUCACCUUCUUUUUUUUUUCCCCCAAUUUUUGCCUCUAGAUCCGUAAUUCCCUAAUUUUCUCUCUCUAACUCUGUUUUUGUGAUCCGAAAUUUCCCCAAAUCACCGACUUUUUUGGAAUUUACUCAAUUCUAGGUCAAAGUAUUGAAUUUUGUUAUCUGGGUUUCAUCAAUCGCAUUGGAAAUUUCAAGAAUUCUGGGAAAAUUUGAUCAAUUUUGAGUAGAAAUUUUAAGGGGAAGGAGGGAGAAAAUGAGUAGUGAUAAGGAAGGAGUGAAGCUAGACGACGAACAAAUUGCAGAAUUGAGGGAAAUUUUUCGAACAUUUGAUCGAAACAACGAUGGAAAAUUGACUCAAUUAGAGUUAGGGUCAUUGUUGCGAUCAUUAGGGUUGAAACCUAGCGAAGAUCAGCUAGAAACCCUAAUUCAAGCAGCUGAUAAGAAUAACAAUGGGAUGAUUGAAUUUUCAGAAUUUAUUUCUCUGGUAUCCCCUGAUCUUAUUCCAACAAAAUGCCCUUACAGUGAAGAACAGCUUAAGCAGUUAUUUAAGAUGUUUGAUAGAGAUGGCAAUGGAUUGAUCACUGCGGCCGAGCUCGCCCAUUCGAUGGCGAAGCUCGGGCAUGCUUUGACUGCUGAGGAGCUCACUGGUAUGAUCAAGGAGGCUGAUACUGAUGGUGAUGGUUGUAUCAAUUAUCAGGAGUUCUCUCAGGCGAUCACCUCCGCCGCCUUUGAUAAUUCGUGGACUUGAAUUGAAGUGGUUUUGCUGGUUUGUGAGUAUUUAGUCCCUUCUUUUACAUUCAAAGGAUACAUGGUUUUGUUCUGCAAUUUGUUGUUGACCUUUAAUAACCAUAUAUACUAUCAGUUCAAGUCUUUGAUUAAGGUUUCUGUGGAUUGCUUUUCAUGUUUUUUGGAUGACAUUGAUUGUUUACUUUGGAGUUCUUGCUCUUUUUGUUUGUAUAUAUACCGAUGUUUUAUAUAAAGUUUCAGCGUCCUUGGUUCAUUUCAUGUAUUGGAGGCUAAGCUGGUUGUUUUCCACGAUAUUGAGCAAUAAACAAGUUCAAAUUUACCUGAUAGUA